GUUUGAGGAGGAGAUCGCCAGGCGUCUGGAGCAAAACCAGCGCUGCCUGUUCCUGAGCAACGCCGCCAGUCAGUGGCUGAACAUCCGCCUGCAGCUGAUUGGCGUUGCCGUGGUGACCGGCCUCGGCGUGAUCGCUGUCGUCCAGCACCAGUAUAACUCUGUCGAUCCAGGUCUGGUGGGUCUGUCUCUGUCCUACGCCCUGUCCAUCACCAUCCUGCUGAAUGGCCUCAUUUUAAACUUCACCCAGACGGAGAUGCAGCUGGUGAGCGUGGAGAGAACCGAGGAGUACUCCACCGGCCUUCCCAGCGAGCCGCAGCAGCAGAGCACACAG